CGCAAAUGUCGAAUUGGAAUAGUUUUCUCCCUUUUGGAUGGCCAGAUCUUCAAAGGUCUUCAAUCCCGGAAGCUUGUGCAUGUCAGUAGUAAGUAUCGGGGGUCUAAGAAAUCUAACCAGAGACUGUGAUCUGUCAGUGACGGGUUGUUGAAUCCUCCGAGCAGAGGAAGAUCCACCGGUCGUGACGCGUUUCAAAGGCAAAUGCUUGGAAUGUGACAAAGAAUGCGGAAUACUAGUCUGGCUGGAGAAGGGUAAGGAGCGUUAUGCAGCGCGUUUAUCUGUUAUAAAAGCCACCAUCAUAAAUGUAUAACCAGUCUAACAAUGGCCAUUUCUUCGCCUGCCUACAUUUUGUCCUCCAAGAAAGGUGUCAGCGCCUGCCUUGACCUCUCUUUGAACGUCAUUAAGCCGCCUCCUAAUGGAAAGCGCGUCCUUAUUGUUGGUGGUGGUGUCACCGGUCUGACGACUGCCUGGGUUUUGAUCGAUGCCGGAUACGACGUGACUGUCGUCUCAGAGCAGUGGGCACCAGCCACCCCGCGUAUCACUUCUCAAAUUGCUGGAGCGUUGUGGGAGUAUCCUCCAGCUGUUUGCGGAAGCCACAUUGACGUGCAUUCACUGGCGUCUUCCAAGGGAUGGUCGUUGACGUCCUACCAUAUUUUCGAACAGCUGAGCAAGACCUUGCCUGCUAUGUGCGAGAUUAAGGCCUCGUCCAUCAAGGGAUUUGUUAGGGACCCAGACUUGAUCUUAAAACAUGAUGUCAACCAGGAUGCCGGUGUUGUAGAUGCGUACUCUCAUUUGGCACCCGUGAUCGACACGGACGCAUACAUGGUGUGGCUUCGCGACCUGGUGGAAAAAAAGGGAGCCAAAUAUGUGACCCGACGCAUCGACGGAGACCUACUGGAUUCUGAGGUCGAGCUGCUCCGGACCUACGGUGCCAUGGCUAUUGUCAACGCAACAGGUCUCCGUUCUAUUGAGGCUGCAAACGACAAAGCCUGUUAUCCCUUGCGUGGUGCUUUGAUACGUGUUGUUAACGACGGAAAGCGGUUCCCCAAGGUUAACGAAGCCUUAGUGGUGACACACGACGACAGGCUUGGUACUGACGUCGAAGACAUUGUCUUUAUUGUACCCCGCAACGAAAAGGUUCUCAUUCUCGGUGGUAUCGCUCAGCCCCAUAAAUCGGAGUUGACCUUGACUAUGGAUUCUCCUGAGAUCGGGCGCAUGCGUCAGCGUUGCAACCAAUUUGUCCCCGGGCUCGAGAAGGCGGAGUACGACCCAGAAGCGCCUCUCGUUCAAGGCCUUCGACCGUUUCGUGUUGGGAACGUCCGUGUUGAGCGUGAGCUCCGGCCCAGCAAGACGAGCGAUGGAGUGAGUCGUAUUGUCCAUUCAUAUGGGCAAGGAGGGUCUGGAUUCUCGUUCUCCUUUGGGUGCGCGAUUGAAGUGUUGAACUUGAUUGACCAUGUCGCUGAAGUUGCGGCCGCCGAAUUGAGGAUGGCCGUAGAGUCUGGCGACAUCGUGCAGAGCAAGCUGUGA